AUGGAAUCAAAUGAUCAAAGAAGAUACAGUAACCAAUACAAAAAAACUGGUAGAUGUACCAGAAAUGAACACGCACAGACCAAUAAUCUUUGGGUUAAUUGGUCCAGAAGAUCAAAGAUCAUAUGUAUGCGCGCAAUCAUAGAAAAUCUUGUAGAAAUACAAAACAAUUUUUUGAGAAACAUUUUGACAACACCAAUCGGAAAAUGUGAACCUAUCAAAUUUUUACAAGGAUCUAGAAAUCAUAACGUAGUAAUUGAUACUAAAAUUCAAAGAAGUUUGGCUGUUGUACAAGGGCAAGAAAUCAUUUAUAACUUACGAAAUAUUGAAGGGGAGCUUGCCAAGAGAUUGAUCAUAAGAAUUUUAUCAUUUUUGGAAUUAAUUUUAUGUUUUAUUAAACGAGCAUCAGUUGGUGCCAGGUUGUCAUCAUUGGCUCGUGACAACAAUGAAUUCAAGAAUAUAUGGAAGCUAGGAUUGAAACUUAAAAAUAUCAUAUGA